AAAUACAUUCAGUUUCACAUAAAUAGGUUAUGCCUUAUGAAAAUAUGAAUACAUAUAUCUAAAGCGAAAUUGAUGUGUAGGAAAUUGAAUUUUAAAGUCGGAAAACUCUGUUUUUCAUAAUCAAAUACCAUGUGUGCUGCUAAUGAAAGUUUUUAAUUAACAAAUUGUAAUGCAAGUCAUUGAAAUGAAUGGAAUAUCAUUACCUGUGAUCAAAGUAAAGGUGGUUGUUGUUGGAGAUGCUGGGGUAGGAAAAACGUCACUGGCUGUCAGAUUUACAGACAAUUCAUUCAUUCAACAUUAUAAACAGACGGUUGGCGCAAGUUUUUGCAGUCGUGCUUUAGAUUUUAAAGACAAAACAGUUGUGUUUAACAUUUGGGAUACUGCUGGACAGGAGAGAUUUCGAAGUUUGGUUCCUUUGUACCUUCGAGAUGCAGGAAUAGCAUUGGUUGUAUAUGAUGUUAGUAGUCCUAAAUCCUUUGAGAAUGUAGAAAGUUGGCUGUUACAGCUACAACAGUACGGACCUAGGGACUUGAAAUGUGCAUUGAUUGGAAACAAAGUUGACUUAGAAGACGACUUGAGGGAGGUUCCAACUCAGGAAGGAGAACUUCUUGCAGAGGGCCAUGGCUUGUAUUUUGAAGAGACAUCUGCCAAAACAGGAGAAGGAAUAGACAAAGUGUUUAAUGAUAUUGGCAGUGUAUUAGUCGAAGGAUGUAAGAAAGAGAAACAACCAUCUACCGUGUCUAUAUGUGAUUCAUACGUCCAUCAGAAGAGGAAAACAUGCUGCUUAUAAUAUAAACUCGUUUGAGAUGUUAUUUAUAAUCUCUAUCAUAAGGUUGUUUUUUAAUGAAGUUGGAAGUCUACUGCAUAUAAAUAUAAAAAUACGAUGAUGUGGUAUGAUUGCUAAUGAGAAAACUAUACACCACAGUUCAAAUGAAGUGGAUUUUAAAAAUCAGAAAUUUGUCAUUUUUUUAUUUCACAUAAAAACAUGAAGAUAAGUACAUAUAUAAGCCCAGAUCCAAGAUCCACUUCUUACAAAAAGCUAUAUAGUUUAACUUAUGUAAAAUAUGUCACUGUCAGUACUAAGCCAGCAGACACCAAAGAUACUGUUAGUGUCAAAAGAAAAAAAAAUUAGCCAUUGCUUCCAUAAAUGAAUAACUUCAUAGUCCAUCUUAUCCAACAUUAAAUAUGUUACAGUCAAUAAUAAGCCUGAUGAAACCAAAGAUACUGUUAGUGUCAAAAGAAAAAAGUUUGAGCUUUUGCUUUAAUGAAAAAAUAACCUCAU